AUGGAGGCUUUUGCAGAGGCAGGUACGGCAGGUACGGCAUGUGAGAGCAUCAGACCAGGCUCUUCGACCGAAGUCGGAACCGAGGGCGAUGAUUCCUUUGGAGGUAAGAGAAAGCUUCCUCCUGUGUCCUUGCCUGCGCGUCGGCAGCAGGCGGUUGACCGUGUGUCCGAUGGCGUGGCGAUGGCUUUAGGCAACAGGCUCCAAACCUUGGAGGAGCAGGUGGCAGAGGUGGCUGCGCUGGCCCCCCUGCUUGCAGGGCUCCGACCCCUGCCGACGUUGGACAUGAAGGAGCUGCAAUUGCCUGGACACAAAGUGGGGCUGCAAGAGUGUGUGGCUUGCUUUUGGGCACAGGACAGCAGUGGGAGCAUGAUCUUCCCCGGUUCGGGCUCAGGCAGCGUCGGGGCUUCUUGGACCAGGGCAGCUCCGGCCUUCACUGGAUGUUACCUCAGCCAUCUCGAAAGCAGCUUUGGCCCAAGUCCGAGCUUUGACCCCGUAGGGAGCGGAACCGGCGGAAUGGAUCCAGGCAAAGGUGGCGUGGAGACUCCAAGCUCCGUCCCUGACAGGCUACGUGAAGCCGAUCUCUUUUGGUGGCCCCUGUCUCCGUCUGCCGCGACCUCCAGUACAGCCGUCGGAUCCACGGACGAGGAUGUUGUGGAUCAAGCUGACCUCGAAGCCUCAAAGCCAGACAUCGCCGAGCCUGCACCAUCUGCACCCCCAGUGGCACCAGCAAGAGCUGCAGGGCAAAAGUGCAAGUCCAGCUGCCUCCCAGCCGGGGGCGUCACCCUCGCACGAGCGCGUGCCCUCUCGCAGAUGGCGAUGGAAGAUUUGUCGAAACCGGCAGAAUCCCGGGUAGAUGCCUCCUACGUCCAGAAGCUGCGCGAAGAAUGUCAGGCAGCAAAUAGUCGCAUUCAGGCGAAUGUCUCGUCGGUGGCAAAGAUCUCAGGGGCGUGCAAGGUGCUAGAGGCCCAGCAUGUUGACGUUGAAGAUGCGAAGAGUCGAGUCCGGCAUGCUCGAAACAUUCGCUCAGCAGACAUCUCCGUGUGCCGACGCCGGCAAGAGCUGCUCUCAGACCUUGAUUGGGUCGGAGCCGCGGGUUCCGCCGACAAGGAAGGCCAAGGCGCGACGAGUGCAAGGAGCUCAGAGACGCCGGCACCAGAGACUUCUCAGAAGAACUUGAUGGAGGCACUGGAGGUGGAGCAGGAGGCUCUGCUUCUCAUGCGCCGGGAGCUAGACAAGCAGGAGGAGGAUCUCAGCCAAGCCGCAGAGCAACUGCAGGAGCUCCUCGGUUGCCUGAAGAAGGAAAUGGCCCAGCGCCGUGCAGCGCUGAGGCAAGACUCCGCCGCAAAGCGGGGCUCCGGAGAUUCCACUUUUUCCUCUGGCUACAUGUCCGUCGGGGACAGCUGGAAGUUUUGGGCGAAGCGUGUGAAGGCUGCGCAGGUGGAUGCGCAGCAUCUGUGCAAGAAGGCUUCCUCAACCGUCCAGUACACUGACUUGGAGUGUGCCAAAGCGCAGCAGUCCACUCAGGACUGCCUGGCGCAGUGCAGUAGCGACCAACGCGAGCUGCGGAGAAGGUUUGACACGCAGUUGAAAGACGUGGAAUUUGCUAUGUCCUGUGCGGAAUGGACCCUCAACAAGCCGGAAAACAGGUCAAAGGCACGCAGUCAGACUGAGGCCACCCAAGUGCAGCGCUCCAACGUCCUGCUCCAUGAGCUCGCCACAACUCAGAAGAACUUGCGGUGCCUUUCUCGCCAGUGCAAGAGGGAUCUGCAGGUUCUCGAGGCCUGCCGUAAUGUGACAACGGCCAACGUCGCUGCAAGGCCUUCGUCGGCCCAAGGGACGCCCGGUGCAGGGGCAGGAACCUUCAAAAAUCUCAAGCGGAGCAGAAGUGCCGUGGAUACCAGGAAGUUCCGCAAGGACAGGUCAGAGUCGCCGGUUCCGCCAGGUGGCUUGUGGGAGGAAUUGCAACACCUCACGGUGGAGCAAAAGCAGAUGACCAAGGGUCUGCGCGAAUGUGAGUAUGGGGUCGACAGAUGUGCAGCAUGGGCUUCAGUGCUCUCUAACCUGGAGUAUCCGGCGAGAAUGUCGGGCAUCAAAGGUCCCCUGGUCACGAGGCGCAGCUUGUCGGCCCUGACUGAGGAUGACAGGCAAACCACUUCGAGGUUACGCAGAGUGAGCAAGGAGACGUCCGGCAAGGAGCCGUACCUGCGCCGCUGCUUCGUGGUGAACUUCCGACGGCUCAUGGAGUUGCAGAAGGUCUUUGCCAUCAUCCAUGAGCUUAUCAAAUCCACGGCUAUCGCGGCCUUGACUUUGGUUCUUGCUGGAAAUGUUUGGCAGCUCGGCUACUCUGUCCUCUUCGUGGCCAUCCUUUUCGUAAUGUAUGGUUUCCAUGCUGCUCACUACGACACUAUGGACAUCAGUGACUACCACCAUCUGGUGGACCUGCUCGAGGACGACCAUGGUGUUUGCGGUGGCAGGAGCAUCGACAAUCCCAACAGGCUACUGAAGGCCCUCACCCUCGCGCGAACAGGGCGACGCAGGAGGGCCGUGCUGAUCAUCUUGCUCUUUGGGCUGCUAUGUUCCGGAAUGUGGUCUAUGGUGGCCUAUGCAUGGACCAUGGAGCUUACCGAAGGGGUCUGGUCAAUCGGAGAUGAGUUCUAUGCCACAUUGCUCCUGGUUGGCACACUGAUGCUGCUCUUUCAUACGGUUUUUGAAUGGCUGUAUUGGCGAGAGACGCAGUGUGUCAUGCCCUGGUGGAACCGGCAGUUGAAGGAGCCGUGGGAUCCAGCUCGUCAUGGCAUUCCGCGCAGGUUCCGAUGGUUUGGACUGCCCAGCAUGUGGUUUACCUGUGGCAACGCAUAUUCCGACCUGUCCUUGUGGAUUCAGCACGCAAAGGGACAGUGGCGCGGCAAGAAGGUCAACAAAGUCUUCCCUGAGGAGAUGGCACUUUUUUCCUUGCAUGCGAGUGGUGCAUGCCAGCUUCGACGAACGCUGCAGCACGCGAAACUCUAUAGUGUACAGCGAUGCUCCUUCCUGACCCGUGAGGGGGAUGCAAACGCACUUCCCAAAGGCAGUGACCCGGAGGAGCUGCAAAUUAAUUUCGUCUUCUUCGACACGCAAAGCAAGGAGUACAUGCAGCCAGAGGAGGCAGGACAAUGGCCUGGCAGUCGCUUUGGGAGGUGCCCUUUACCGCCUCGGAGUGCAGCGGUCAGCAGCAUGCGAGAGGUAGUUGCUGGCACAGAGGAUGCGAAGCUUGGUCUUAUUCCCCAGUUUGCCGGAGGAGAGGUCCUGGUGAAGGAUGUGAGCAAGGGCGGGUGGGCCGAGACUGCGGGCAUCCGAGCUGGAGCAAGGCUCCUUCAACUCAAUGGGGUCGCCGUCCCUGGCAUGGCAGAUGCGGACUUCAAGGCAGCCCUGAAGCAGCGCCCGCUGCAGAUCCGCUACGAGCAAAAAGUGCUAGAGGUGGUUCUCGAGGAUCCGGCAGAGAAGUUAGGCUGCAGUUUUUCGGGGGCCCCUCCUGCCAAUGCGGUGGUGGCCAAAGUUUCACCGGGCUCAUUUGCAGAGAGGAGUUUGAUACAAGUUGGCUACGAGCUCGUGGCCGUGAACGGAGAUGCUUUGAAAGACUUGACCGAUGCCACGUUCAGGGACCGCCUGAAGGCGAGACCUGUCCGGCUCCGGUACCAAGUUCCUGAGGAUGCAGCCGCAGCGCAACAGGUCCAGGCGCAAGCAACUGCGGCCACCACCAUUCAGGCUCAUGCGCGGGACCACCAGGCGAGAAAGAGCACGGCGGCGAAGGCCGAAGCCGGGAAGUCCUUUUCUAGGUUCGAAAUCGUACUGGAGGACGCCGAGGUCAAGCUUGGACAGCCGCUGAGUCAAUUUCUCUGGCUCUGGAACGGGAUUUUGUUGGCCGUGGGCUUGCCCUGCAACUUGCAAGGUGGGGAAGGUAUCACCUGGAGCAACAUUCAGACCGGACAGCUCCUGGUGGCCUUAAAUGGCAUGCAGAUGAAAGAGCUCAAUACCGAGACUUUCAAGCAAGCUCUGAAAGCUCGGCCGGUCCGACUCAGCUUCGAGAUUCCCCUUGCGGAGGAGAAGGCCAAGGCCAUCGACAAAGUCGAGACGCAGGAGAGCGCAGCUACAGCCAUCCAAGCCCUGGCACGUGGUCAUGCGGCUCGAAAAGACACUGGACUGGAG